AUGUGUUUACGAGGUAGCCUGUGCGCGGUGCUGAUACUGCUGCUGGUGCUGGCUGGCAGGGAUGUUAAAUCACGGGAGUACAUUGACACUUCAACGACAGAAGACUGGACAGAUCAGGUCGCGCCCUCGAUCGUGGAGAAAGGCACCUCCAGUGAUGACUUCGACUGCAGCAUCUCGAUGGAGCGCGAUCUGACGAUCAUGCAGCCGUUGCUGCUCAAACCAGGCAGCGUGAAAUUUGUUUGGCCUCAACCAAACAGCACCACCAUUGGCCUGCACAGUGGCCAGUCCGUCGAGUUGUUCUGCUCGCAUGGUUUUCGAAAAGGCUCACCUGGGGGUCGUUCCAAAACGGCCAUCCUCACCUGCGACGGUGCCGGAGUGUUUGCGUUUAACUCCAACCUGUACAACAUCUCAGAGUUCACCUGCAACAGGCCUGUGUUCCACACGGCUGAACGCACAGAUCGCCGUUGUUUCAACAACGGGACACUUGUGCGCGUUGGUUUCGAACUCGAUCCAAACCGGUUCGCAUCCCUAUACGAGGUGUGCUUCGACGAGGCAUCCCUUAGAAGCCACUACGUUCGGCACCAGCUAACGUCUCUCAACGAUCACCACCAGCGAUCGGUGAAGAGGCCUUCCUUUCUGCAGGGCAAUUUCUACGAAGAUCUCAAAAUGGCGAGUCUGUACACGAUCGCGGGACAGCACGCUAUGUUAGGCCGAGUACUAGCGUCACCUUCCCGAGCGAACGCUCUGUUGGAUAACAAACGCGGUAUGUACCUAUCCCGGGGCCACCUAGCGGCAAAAUCCGACUUCGUGUUCGGGUCACACCAGCGCGCCUCAUUCUGGUACAUAAACGUGGCACCGCAAUGGCAGCGGUUUAAUGGUUUCAACUGGCAGCGCGUCGAGACGGGCGUGAAAGCUUAUGUGGCCGCAAAUGACCUUCGGUUGACGGUGUACACGGGCACGUACGGUGUACUGAAGCUUCCGGAUGGUAAUGGAGACCCGCAGGAGAUCUUCCUGGACUUCGAUCCAUCGCGAGAUCCUCCCGGGCGAGUGCCAGUUCCCGCACUCUUCUAUAAGGUUCUGAUCGACGAAAAUCAUGACGCUGGAGUGGCUCUUAUAGGAGUUAACAAUCCAUAUGCAACACCCGAAGAAAUCGCUGACCGGUACGUAGUUUGCAGGGAUGUUAGCGAUGAGAUUCACUGGUUAAGCUGGCAGCGGCAUUCGAUCCCAGAUGGGUACAUGUACGCGUGUGACGUGAACGAAUUCAACCGUGUGACUGGCCACUUGACGCUGGACAAACCUGUCCACCAGCUGUUGCUGUGA